GUGGCGGAGGCUGGUGCGGAGUGAGGUGGUGCGGUGCUAGCUGGCUGGCGGGCGGGCUGGGCAGCUGCCCGCGCGCUGCGGGCGAUGCUGGGAGGCGGCUCCGGGGCCCGGGAGCGCGAGGCGGAGGGCGACGGGGCGGAGGCUGUUCCUGCGCCGCCUGCCAUUGAGUUCCCGGCCGACGGCUCGGACCCCAAGUAUGAUGAAUCUGAUGUCCCAGCAGAACUCCAAGUGUUAAAAGGACCCCUACAACAGCCGACUUUCCCUUUUGCGGUUGCAAACCAACUGUUGCUUGUUUCUUUGCUGGAACACUUGAGCCAUGUGCAUGAACCAAACCCUCUUCGUUCAAGACAGGUGUUUAAAUUGCUUUGUCAGACCUUUAUCAAAAUGGGACUGCUGUCUUCUUUUACCUGUAGUGAUGAGUUUAGCUCACUGAGACUACAUCACAACAGAGCUAUUACCCAUUUGAUGAGGUCCGCCAAAGAGAGAGUUCGUCAGGAUCCUCGUGAGGAUAAUUCUCAUAUCCAGAAGAUCAGAUCAAGGGAAGUAGCCUUCGAAGCACAGACUUCACGUUACCUAAAUGAAUUUGAAGAGCUUGCUGUCUUAGGAAAAGGUGGAUACGGAAGAGUGUACAAGGUCAGGAAUAAAUUAGAUGGUCAGUAUUAUGCAAUUAAAAAAAUCCUGAUUAAUGGUGCAACUAAAACAGAUUGUAUGAAGGUACUGCGGGAAGUGAAGGUCCUGGCCGGCCUUCAGCAUCCUAGUAUAGUGGGCUACCACACUGCUUGGAUAGAACAUGUUCACGUGGACCAAACACAAGAUAGAAUUUCUAUUCAGUUGCCAUCUCUGGAAGUGAUCUCCGACGAGGACGACGACAGAAAUCAAUAUGUUAAAACUGAUGAAAGUAACAGCUCAUCCAUUAUCUUCGCCGAGCUCACCUCAGAGAAAGAAAAGUCCUUAGAAGAAUCUGGCAUUGAAAAUCAGAAUAACAGAUUGGUGAAUUACACCACCAAUGCAGUUACAAGAGACGCCAGUGAAUUUGAAGCAUCCAGUUUACUCCAGGGAAAUGGUUUGGCCGAUUUGCCUUCCAGAUCGAUUGUCGAACAUCAGCUGCCACUUAGGCAUCAUUCUGACUUAGAAGAGAAUUUCGCAUCCACUGAGGAAUCUUCGGAAAACUUAAAUUUGCUGGGGCAGACGGAGGUGCAGUACCACCUGAUGCUGCACAUCCAGAUGCAGCUGUGCCAGCUCUCACUGUGGGACUGGAUAGUCGAGAGAAACCAGCGGGGCCAGAAGUACGUGGACGAAUCUGCAUGUCCCUAUGUUAUGGCCAGUGUUGCAACAAAAAUUUUUCAAGAAGUGGUGGAAGGUGUGUUUUACAUACACAACAUGGGAAUUGUACACAGAGAUCUGAAGCCUAGAAAUAUUUUUCUUCAUGGCCCUGAUCAGCAAGUAAAAAUAGGCGACUUUGGUCUGGCCUGCACGGACAUCAUACAGAAGAACACAGACUGGAUCGAUAGAGAUGGGAAGAGAAUGCCCACGCACACUUCCAGAGUGGGUACCUGUCUGUACGCCUCCCCCGAGCAGUUGGAAGGAUCCGAGUAUGAUGCCAAGUCAGAUAUGUAUAGCUUGGGUGUGAUCCUGCUGGAGCUCUUUCAGCCGUUUGGAACAGAAAUGGAGCGAGUGCAAGUUUUAACAGGUUUAAGAACUGGUCAGAUACCUGAAUCCCUCAGUAAGAGGUGUCCUGUACAAGCCAAGUAUAUCCAGCUCUUAACUAGAAAGAACGCAUCUCAGAGACCGUCUGCUGUUGAACUGCUGCAAAGCGAACUUUUCCAAAAUUCUGCAAAUGUUAACCUCACUCUACAGAUGAAAAUAGUAGAGCAAGAAAAAGAAAUCGAAGAACUGAAGAAGCAGCUGAGUCUCCUUUCUCAGGACAAAAGGGCUAAGGAUGACACGAAGGACGGGAGUGUGCCCGUCUCGCCUUCAUCAGGCUCUGUAAAUGUGAACUUGGACUUCUAAUCCUUGAGUCAACUGGAAUGUAAAUUUUUAGUCUUUAUUAGGGUAUGGAUGGUAUACUUGUAUUUAGUGAACCUGUACAAGACUUACUAAAGUUGUAGAAGUUCCCCCAAACUGCUUUUCCUUAAGGCAUUCUUCCACAAGCCAGCAUUCUGGACUGAAGCCUUCUCUAAACUAAACGUAUUUUCUUGCCCUUGUCCUUGUCUAUGAGUUCCUAAUUUUUAAUAUCACGGUCUCUCCAGUCUCUGAAAGUAGAGAUUUAGACACCAGGCUCAAUUUGUUCUCCUUUGAGCUCUGCCUGUCGACCACCAAGCCCUCCUCUGGAACAUUCUGCACAGAUCUGGGUUUGUGCCUAUCCCAUCACUGCCCACGCCCAGGCCUGCAUGCUCACCGGACUUGAUCACUGCCAGUCUUCCUCCCCCUUCCGUGCCAUUGCUGCCAGUUAAUUACCAGGAAGACGUCUGCGCAGAUCACUCCCUGGCUCAGAAGCUCCUGCUGGCUGUCUGCUGCGUCUGAGACACAAUUUCAGCUUCUUAGCAGCACAGUGUGCAUCAUCUAGCCUUUCUGUUCCCUUCACCUUCAGCUCAGCAUCCUUCCAAAACCACGCCCUUCUUGAGCUUUGUGCCUCUUCCCCCAAAUGAUCUGAAUGAUCUCACGGUAGCUCUGGGAUGUGUGUUCCUGUUCUCCUCCCCGCCCUGUUCCCACGGGGCGCUCCUUUGCUCCCACAGGGCCGGCUCCCGGCCAACCUAUGUUCCCCAAAUGCAGCCAUGGGAUAUGUUCACUGCAUCUCAGAAAUGUCUGCCACGUAGCCUACAGCCAUCCUGGUAUAUUGCACACAACGUUACUGAGUUUUAAAUAAAAGGAAAACCAUAAA